AUGUAUGGUCAGGGAUAAAGAAAAAUGGUAACUACCUGUCUUGUAGUACUAAUGGAUGAAUGCUAUUCUGAAAUCCAAAAGCUGAAAGAAAUAGAAACUCUUAUGAUCAUUCUCAACAACAGUCCCUGAUCAUGCCCAUUUCAGCACAGCCUGUGAGAUUUCCUUGAAAAUGUUAUCAAUCUGAAGAAAGCGACAAUAUUUUGAGAUAACUCCAAGCAUCCCAUGUGGGUUCUCCCUCCUUUCCAUAAACCUUGUUUGUUUUGAUCAUUUUGCUCUAUAUCACUGCUCAUUUCACUUUCUGACUCUGACUUAAAAAGACACUUUCCUUGGAAAAAGAAAAACAAUCUAGCUCAAAUUUUUGUGUGAAUCUGGUUUUGAUCAUGUGGGAAUCAGAGAGUGAGUUAGCAGCAGGAAGGGAAUAUGGGGGCGGAGUUCUCAGCUCAAGCAAACAUGGUGUCAAGAUUGAAGGGUUUCAGCAAAGAGGCAACUCUUGGUAUGUUUCAGCUGAUAUUCCUAGUGAUCUUCUGGUUCAAAUUGGAGAAGCCACCUUCCACUUGCACAAGUACCCUUUGCUGUCUCGAAGCGGAAAGCUGAACAGGAUCCUAUAUGAUUCUCGCGACCCUGACUUGAAUAAGCUAGUUUUGGAUGAUCUCCCUGGUGGACCUGAGGCUUUGGAGCUUGCAGUCAAGUUCUGCUACGGAAUCGCGAUUGAUUUAACAGCAGGCAACAUCUCUGGCCUGAGAUGUGCUGCUGAGUAUCUUGAAAUGACAGAGGACCUAGAAGAAGGAAAUCUCAUAUUCAAGACUGAGGCGUUUCUCAGCUAUGUGGUUUUGUCUUCAUGGAGAGACUCCAUAGUGGUGUUGAAAAGCUGUGAGAAGCUGUCACCGUGGGCGGAGAAUCUUCAAAUCGUGCGGCGAUGCAGCGAGUCCAUUGCUUGGAAGGCUUGCGCGAAUCCGAAAGGGAUAAGGUGGUCAUAUACUGGAAGAGCAGCAGUACAAGUUUCCAGCCCCAAAUGGAAUAAUGACAUGAAAGAUUCAAGCCCCAGCAGGAACCAGCUUGUUCCUCCUGAUUGGUGGUUUGAAGAUGUUUCAAUCCUUAGGAUUGAUCACUUUGUUAGAGUCAUUACUGCAAUUAAGGUGAAGGGAAUGAGAUAUGAAUUGAUUGGUGCUGGCAUAAUGCAUUAUGCAACUAAGUGGUUACCAGGAUUGAUAAUAAUAAAUGACACUGCAACACCAGUUAAAGAUGAAGCAAGCUACAUGAGUUACACUAGUUCUGGAAGUAGUGGAGGUGGUGGAAAUAGCUGGAAAGGUGAACUACAUAUGAUUGUGGCUGGAAAUGGAACUAAAGAUGAAAAAAAAUCAAGUAUUCAAUCUAAGGAUCAAAGGAUGAUCAUUGAGAGCCUCAUCAGCAUAGUUCCUCCCCAGAAGGACAGUGUCUCAUGCAACUUCCUUCUCAGGCUUCUGAGGAUGGCAAACAUGUUAAAAGUUGCUCCUGCAUUGAUCACUGAAUUGGAGAAAAGGGUGGGAAUGCAGCUUGAGCAAGCUACACUUGCUGAUCUUCUGAUCCCUUGUUAUGAUAAAAGUGAGACUAUGUAUGAUGUGGAUCUUGUUCAGAGGUUGUUGGAGCAUUUUCUUGUUCAGGAGCAGACUGAAAGUUCUAGUCCUAGCAGACAAUCCAUUUCUGACAAGCAUGUUGGGGGAACUAACCAAAAUGCUAAGGCAAGAGUGGCAAGACUUGUGGACAGUUAUCUUACAGAAGUAUCCAGAGAUAGGAACCUUUCCUUGACAAAGUUUCAGGUUCUUGCUGAAGCUUUGCCUGAGUCAACUAGAACUUGUGAUGAUGGACUAUACAGAGCAAUUGAUUCCUAUCUUAAGGCACAUCCAUCACUGACUGAGCAUGAAAGGAAGCGGCUCUGCCGCGUGAUGGAUUGUCAGAAACUCUCCAUUGAUGCCUGCAUGCAUGCAGCCCAAAAUGAAAGGCUUCCAUUAAGGGUGGUGGUGCAAGUUCUAUUUUCUGAACAGGUAAAGAUAAGCAAUGCACUAGCCACCAGUUCUCUGAAAGAAGGUGUUGAAUCUCAGUACCAGCCAAUGGUUACGAACCGGAAAACUCUACUAGAAGGGACACCACAAUCGUUCCAAGAAGGGUGGGCGACGGCUAAGAAAGACAUUAACACACUGAAGUUUGAGCUUGAGAGUGUGAAAACCAAGUACCUAGAGCUUCAAAAUGACAUGGAAAAUCUGCAGAGACAAUUUGAUAAGGUGAUGAAGCAGAAGCACACAUCCGCGUGGAGCAGCGGUUGGAAGAAAUUGGGCAAACUCGCGAAAAUGACAAAUGUAGAACAUCAUCAUGGCAUUUCACCUCAGGUUCCCAAUUCAGAGGAACAGAACAGGAAGACAACUAGAAGGUGGAGAAACUCAAUAUCCUGAGUGAUAAUAAACUCUCAAUUGGCAAGAUUCUGAUAGUGAUACCUCUCAAAUUAAUUUCUGUGUUCAAGAGUUUUUGUCCUUUUUGUCAUAUUUCUUUCCUUUUUCUUCUUUUGGACAGUAAAUGGGGCUUCUCUUUGUUUAUUUCUUUUUUUUUUACUUUAUGAAAUUGCCAUGAAAUUCAAACUACAUUGUAAUUUGUCACCAAAUCUAAUCAUGAUUUUCUUGUGUGAAUUCUACAGCUCUGCUGAAAUGUAUACUUUUUACAAAAUUAUACUCA